AUGACACACGGCAGCAAGCCACCGUUCGAAGUCCCUUCUGGCGCAGUCGCCAAGGUCAGCAUCAUCGACUCGACUCUGCGAUUCUCCAAGAUCAUGGCGAGUUACAUGACAAAGCCGCCGAUCGAAGGCUUCGACGAGUUGCCCACCUUCCCCACGUGGUCUUUCCUGGUCGAGAGCCCCAGUGGGCGGAAGGCGCUGUUUGACCUGGGGGCACAUAAGGAGCUGGGCCGGUACGUCCCACGCGUUGAGAACCACAUCAAAAGCAUUGGCUGGCAGCUGGACGUCAAGGAGGACGUUGCAGACAUCCUCCAGCGCCAUGGAGUCGACCCCAAUGAGAUAGAAAGCAUCGUCUGGAGCCAUAGUCACUUCGACCACACGGGGGAUCCGACCACGUUCCCUGCCAGCACAGAGCUGGUGGUAGGCCCUGGGUUCACGGAGAAGUGGUGGCCGGGCUUCCCUACCAAGCCGGACGCCACGGUGAGGGAAGAGGACAUGGCCGGGCGAAAGGUGCGAGAGAUCGGCUUUGACGGCGAGCUGAAGGCUGGGCCGUUCCCGGCACACGACUUCUUUGGCGACGGCUCGUUCUAUCUACUGGACACGCCUGGACACUGGACUGCGCAUAUAGCGGGGCUGGCGCGAACGUCGACGGACCCAGACACGUUCAUCAUGAUGGGUGGUGAUCUGAUACACCACGGCGCAGAGCUGAGGCCGUCGCCAUACACACCGAUCCCAGACUCGCUGCCGCAGGGCAUCUCAACAGCGCAGUCUGGGGCGUGGUUCCGCGAUAUGAAGGCGAGGCUAGGCAGGAAGGCGGACGAGGCGUUCGUCGAGCCGAGCCUGUAUGAGGACGAGCACCUUGUGAUGCAGACAAUCCAGCGGGCGCAGGUGGCGGAUGCGCAGGACAAUGUGUGGUUUGUGUUCGCGCAUGAGGCGAGCCUGUUUGGGGCGGUGGACCUGUUCCCUCAGCCGGCCAACGCGUGGAAGGAGAAGGGCUGGAAGGAGAAGGUCGAGUGGAGGUUCCUCGGGGACCUGGUCUCUGGCCGUGCUGUCGAGGGUUAA